CCGAGUUAUAAUAUGGUACUGUGAAUAUAACAGAACCUUAUAGAACGUUAUCUUGAAUUGGUGGCGGCGCAACCCUGCACCGUGACGUCCCUAGACUCGUCCAAGAGCCUAAGAACCUCCCCGCAGCCUGUAAACCAUGUCCUCCUCCCUACAUCAGCGCCCACUGUGCAGCUGAGAAACCUCGUCGUCCACCUCAUGCAGUCCGCCGCACCCCCUGCUGCCUUCAACCUACCUGAUACUGGUAGACCAGUCUCGUUCGUCGCCGGUCACUUCGCAGGGAGAACGCUCCGCGCCGAUAUUCAAGAGCUGCAGCAUGCCACAGCAGGACGGAAAUGCGCGACGAAAGACAGACGGCCGCUCGACCCGCCCCCCGUCGUGAGCAUGCGGCUGUUUGAGGUGACAAACGCAGGCACUCCAUUAGAGGUAGAGCAGGAGCUGAGGGACCUGACAGGAGUGGACAUCCACGGGUUUCUGUGCCAUGUUGACUUGAUCCGCGUUCCAGACCCAGCGUCCAAGUCGUUCUCCAGUGAGGCUGGGAUGAGCGACACCGCCGCUACUCCUUUAGCAUCCGCAUAUGGCCAUCCUGGAGCGUACUCCGUACCCACUCCGUCGGCAUUGUCCUACGGUGGAGCAUCCGCAGGACCGUGGCCACAGCAAAGCAGUCGUUCGAAUCAGCAACCCAUGCGCGGUUCGACGGGCCCCACUACGUCGGCUUUCGGCAUUCGCAGUAUGGACCCUGCAGGCGGGUCCACAACUUCGCUACAACAAGAUACCAUACCUUCUGCAGCCGCUGCCAUGACGGGAGGAGGAUUAGCCUGCUAUUAUCCCCGUACCGCUGGGCCUGAGCCCCCGACAGCUCUUCAUCCACAUGUACCCACCGCGAACAACCAGCCCUGCACUCUGCUCCUCGUCGGCACAACCUUCGUCUCUCCGACCUAUCUCACCAGCGGCAGAGGCAGAUCUCUGCUCUAUACCUUCUCCGACAUCGCCGUGCGAGAGGAAGGGCUCUUCAUCCUGCGCUAUAAACUGUUCAAUAUCUUCAAUGUCGCUCUCGGAGUGGCGCCGAUGCCUUACUGGCAGAGUGUUACGGCGAUUCGUUCAGGGUGUACAGCACGAAAGAUUUUCCCGGAUUGCGCGCGUCGACUGCCCUGACCAAAAGCUCGCUCUGCCUAGCAUUUAUCGACCCUCGGUGUGAGAGUGAACUCGCGUGAAAACGAGCGCAAGCGGUCGAGGGCCUGUUUAGACAGCGAUUAGUUGGCAGCGCUUGCGCCAGCGCCCACCAGUGCACCUCCUG